AUGGUGUUUCUCUUGUGGUUAUCCUUGCUGUGUUGUCUACCCAUGCAUAUAAGUGCCAGCACUGAGAAUAUCUCCUCACCCAACUCUAUGCAAAAUGCCGGAGCUCGUACCAUACUUCGUGUCUACGACGAAUGUACGCGCGCCGAUGGUGGUUUUGUGCCAUGUCUUAAGAAAAAGGCUAUAUCCUUUAUAGAUCGGAUAUCCUACAUUGACUCUAUUACUGUGGCCGAUGGCAUUAAGGUCGUGCGCAUGACUCCAAGUGUGGGGGUACCUUUGGUGAGACCCUCGCUCAGUGAAAAUGAUUUGGAAUCUACGUUGUCGCGUUCGGGUGAAGAUCGUGAUACAAAAUUAACCAAUAUGUUGAUAGACCGUCUGAGCCUAUUCUUCAAUGGACAUACUCUGCAAGUUAGCUUUCCCAAAAUAUCAUCGGAUGAAAUUGGCCGUGGACUAGAAGAAGGUCGUGGCAAAAUGAAGAAAAUGAUGGGCAUGAUGAUGAUGGGAUUGGCCAUGAAAAUGAUGGGCAUGAUACCCAUUGCCAUGGGUAUGCUGUAUAUACUGGCCGGCAAAGCAUUGAUCAUAUCUAAGAUAGCACUGCUGCUGGCAGGCAUUAUGGGUCUAAAGAAACUCUUGUCGGGAGGUGGUAAAUCGGGCGGCAGUUCCGGAUGGUCAUCGGGAGGAGGAGGUGGUGGUGGCGGCGGCGGUUGGUCCUCGGGCGGUGGAGGUGGUGGUGGCGGCUGGGAUAGACGUUCCCUAAAUGAAGCUCAGGAAUUGGCCUAUCGAAGUUAUACCAAACAACUGCAGGAACAGCAGCAACAACAACAACAACAACAGUCAUUACAUCACCAACAACAACAACAACAAACGGCAUCAGCAACGGAUCACAAGUUAUAAAUGCAGGAGGCAAGUGAGGAGAUUCAAAAAGUAGUAGACACCGCAAGGUGUAAAAGUAGACAGUUAUCAGCUAGUGCUUUGUUCCAAAUGAAAAACUAAAUUAUCUUAUAGAUAAUUUAAUAUUUUCACAAUAGAUACAGACAUAAAAAAAACGACUCGCAAAAUGUAGAGCUCACAAACACAAUCUAAACUUCUCAAAGUGGUAUUCUUAAAAAUUGGGUUAAAAUUUGUCAUGGUGAUAGCCAAUGCUGGGGCAUUACUUAAGCGAUUUUACAUGUUAUGGCUAUCACAAAUUAUAAUCCAUGUUUGAGAAAACGGUGCUAUUGACUUCUC